CCUACGGCAGUUCAAUUAUGUUGGAGGAUACUGAUUUGCCGUCCUUUCUUAUACACAACUCCAUUUUAUUUGAAUGGCUGGUCAUGUCGUUUAGGUACUAUUAUUUAUUUCAUAUUAUUCCUUUAAACUUGCUUAGACAAAAUUUAACAAAUCUUGGAUUUUAUGACAAAUCCGGAACAGAAAAUAACACAAAUAAUAACCUUUUUAAAAAACGUUUUUUUAAGAUCUCAAAGAAAAUUUAUUCCUUUGUUAUGCUCCUGUUGAACAUGUAUAGUAUCGAGUGAAAAAUCCGCAAUUUCCUGUUUAGUCGCUUUACGUUUACAUAUAUAAUUAAUAUACGAAUAUACGAAGGAAGUUACGAACGACGAAUAGACCAAUAUGUAUCAAGUGCUAUAUGCUUGUGGCGUUUUUUUCAGGCAAUCAGUAAGAAGCUUUAUUCACGUUGAUAAGAACGGACACAACAGUCUUUUUGUUAUUUUAAGCUACAGGCUUUCAUUCAAAAUCAAGAUUUCGAUCUAAUUAACGAUUUUACCUUUCUUCAGAGCUACAAAUAAUACAACAAAAAGAAAAUCAUUUUAACCAGUUGGAAGUAUCUCUUGUAUUUACUUUCAAUUCUUCAUCUUUGGGUUUGGAUAAUCGAGGUUCUACUGUACUGUAUUUCAAACUUUGUUAUUGACAAAAUAACAGAACAAUUUUAAAUUUAUUUAAUCGAUCACAUAGGAAUAUUUUCGUAAAACAAAUAUAAUUCCAUUUGAAUCAUCGACGUGUAACGUCGGAUAAAACUAGGAAAAGUCUGAAAAGCUAAAAAUGAUGGUAGUGCCAAGGAUAAAAUGGAUUAUUUUAGUAUUUAUGUUUAUGGCUAUAUUAAGUUCACAUUCAGCGCCUUCUACUUCAAAUAGUAAAAAGAAAACACGCAUUUUAAACAUCGCAGUUAUUGGAGCCGGUGCAUCUGGUCUUGCGGCUACAAAGAGAUCACUCGAUGAAGGACAUAAUGUGACAGUUUAUGAACAAGGCGAAGCUGUUGGAGGGAUCUGGUUCUAUACAGAUAAAAUCGGAAAAGACGAGUACGGUAUUAAUAUUCACACUCCAAUGUAUCAGGGAUUGAGAACGAAUUCACCAUAUCAAACAAUGGAGUUUCCCGGAUAUUCUUAUCCAAAUAAUACGCCAUCGUAUCCAACACAGAAACUGGUGUUAGAAUACUUAAAUUCUUAUGCCGAUUAUUUCAAAUUAAAUGAGCAUAUAAAAUGUCAUCAUCCAGUUAUCAAGGUUUCUCCAGUUAAAAGCCCAAAUAUCCAGCGAACAAAGUGGAUAUUAACUUUGAGGGAUUUGGCCAAAAACAAAACUGUCGAAAGUGAAGUAUACGACGCUGUUUUUGUUUGCACAGGUGUAGCUUCGUCGCCAAACAUUCCAAAAAUUCCAGGGAACGACACAUUCAAUGGAAAAAUUAUUCAUAGUCAUGAUUAUCGUCGAGCUGACGCAUUUAAAGGUGAAAAUGUUUUGGUUAUUGGUGGCGGAGCAAGUUCAAAUGACAUAUUAGACCAAUUGAUCAAUGUUGCUAAUCAAGUAACAUGCAGCCAACGUAGCGAUCAAGAUGGAAUGUCAGAAGAAGACACAGAAACGUAUGAGAUUUCCUUAAAAACUACAGAUGAACAAAUUGUCACAUAUAAAGAUGAUGUAAAGUGCUUAACGCCAAACGGCGCAAAAUUUAUUGAUGAUACAGAACAAAAUUUCACCGUUAUUAUUUACGCAACAGGUUAUAGGUAUUCGUUUCCAUUUUUGGGCGAAGAAAUUGGUAUCAGUAUCGAUGAAAACUGCGUGGAACCAUUGUAUAAACAAAUUUUAAACAUUAAGUAUCCAACCAUGGCUUUUAUUGGAAUACCGCAGGUAGCAGUCAACAAUCGCAUGUAUGAUUUGCAGGCACAUUUUGCAUUGCAAUUCAUCUCUGGUGCAAUUAAAAUGCCGAAAGAAACCGAGAUGAUGGUGGAUACAAUAGUUCAAACUCAACACCAUUUAAACCAAGGAUUUCGCAAAAAAGAAAUGCAUAUCUUAGGUCUGGAACACAAGAAAUAUUAUAAAGUAAUUGCGGAAACUGCAAAGAUUGAAAACAUCCCAGAUGUGAUUGCGGACAUUUUUACAGAUGCACUAGGAAGUCUUUUAACCGACCCAAUGGAAUUUCGUAAAUAUAAAUAUAUAAUAAAAGAUGAUAAAACCGCUUUGAAAUUGAAAGAAAAAUAAAUACAGACUAAAAGCACUUUAUUUCAAAUA